UCCACAGCACGUUUUCCAGGUGGAACAGGAUGUGAGUUCUGUAUAAAUGCCAGGCUAGUUUUUGCGCUGGCACUUUCGACAGAGAACACGAUGGGUGGUCUUCAAAGAAGUAUUCUUUUCGGACUCCAGAUCCUGAUCCUGUUGAAUGCUGUUGCUGCAACAGAUGACACCUCGAGCGCAAAUGGAAAAUGGCACCGUCCAAUGCACAUAAAAAACCCGAAUGGAGAUGUUAGCCCUCAAAUCAUCGGAGGAUCGCAGGCUGAUGCAGGGAUGUUCCCAUGGCAUGCGUGGCUGGACAUUACGCAAAUCGGGACGACUGGUGGUUACUUGUGCGGGGCUUCGCUGAUCGCUGCAAAGUACGCCAUGUCCGCGUGUCACUGCAUCUUGCCGACUUCUCUAUAUAAACACGACAUUGUGCUCGGCACAGUCAACAGAAAUACACCAACCGCGGGCUCCAUCAGGAUAACCAUUGCAGCUCCUAUUUGCCACGAUUCUUUCAAUUAUAAUACUGGAGAAAAUGACGUUUCCCUUCUUCCAUUUGAUAGUCCAGUUACUCCUACCAGUAAUAUUCAAUGGAUCAAUCUGCCCCAACCUUCACUCUCGUCUACUAAUUUGGUCGGCACGAGCGCCAACGUCAGCGGCUUUGGCCGAAUUUCGGACAGCAACGGAACGACAAGCAAGACGUUGAAGUACGCAACUCUCUCAGUCACCUCCGAUGCGUCCUGCACAGCCGAGUACGGUGAUUGGUUUUUUUCGGACGUUAUGCUGUGUGCAAAAGCACCAGCCGCGGAUCAAGCAGACUGCAACGGAGACAGCGGUGGAGCUCUUGUCUACAACAAUGGCUCUGCUUGGGUCCAGAUCGGCAUUGUGUCCUGGGGAGGCAGUUUUUGUCAGAACACGUCUUCCGUGUACGCAAGGCUCUCAGGAUUAGUUUCCUGGGUUACCAACAAAAUGAGCGAGCUUGAUGGUGGAAUAGCGAACACUACCACCACCGUGGCGGUUGUCACCACAACCACCACUGCCCCUACAACCACUACUAAACCCCCCACUACUACCACACAAAAACCCACCACCACAACCAAAACCACAGCUAGAACUACUACCACAACAAGAACCACAUCCCCAACCAGAACCAGAACCAGUACCACACCAAAACCCACCACCACAACCAAAACCACAACCAGAACUACUACCACACCAAGAACCACCACCACCAAAACCAAAACUACAACCAGAACCACUACAAAAACGACCACCACCAAAAAACCCACUACAACCAAACCCCCAACUACUACCACCCCAAAGAAAACCACUACUACUAAACCCCCCAUUACUACCACAGGCAAAACCACCACUACCAAACCAACACCGCCUCCCAAAAUUCUACAAUGCGCAUCAUUAGAUUUCAUGAAUUUGCAGAACAAAUGCUGCUCUCCGCCCGCUAACAAUUUGCUCGCUAGCUCUUAUAACAAGACCAUAGAAACCGCUUGCCAAAACUUUGGCGUCAACAACUCUGUGUUCAAUGUGUUUGUCCUCGUCAAGCUGCAGAAUAUACUGAUAAACAACAACGUGAACCUAAACGAAAUUUUAAACUUGGCAGCGCAACUCGGCCAAUCUGCAUGCUACAUUGAAUGCUACCUAAACCAAAGCGGAGCUAUUGAUAGCACUGGAGCUAUUAAUGUUGAUGCGUUGACCGCCCUGCUGAUCGCAAAUCAAGACCCCAAUGGCUUCUGGGAUGAUAUUAUUUCUAUGGCAGUUGGCCAGUGCACGAACGUGAUGAGCGAGUUGCCCCUGCAAUACGUGCCAGCUGGCCUGCUUAAUUGCAAUCCGACCGGUGGACUCAUAGCGCAGUGUGUUCUGGCUUUAAUCGUUGAUCAAUGCCCUAAUAGAGUAACGAGCGCUGCCUGCAGCACUAACUACGCCCUCUAUGAUGAGUGCAAACAAUUGAUCAUCAGCGCAUUUGCGAAUACUCCAUUUAAGGUGUAAAAUGCAUGCUUUCCUUUUUUAAUCGGAAGCUUUGUUUAUUUGACGCUCAAUUGACAAAUAAAUAUACGAUUUGAUUUGACCAACAA